AUGGCUGCUAAACGAGCUCAAGCUACAUCGAAGGAAGCUGAAAGACAGCGGAUGCUUGUAAUGGAAAAAAGUGCCGUCAGAAGAGCUGCCUUUACACCAGAACAAGCUGAACGAGAGCGUACCCUUGUGCGAGAAAGAAGUGCAGCUAGAAGAGCUGCCUUAACACCAGAACAAGUUGAUCGUGAACGUACUGUGGCCCGAGACAGAAGCUCAGCUAGAAGAGCUGCUUUAACAUUGAAAGAAAUCGAAAAACAACGAGAGCAAGCUCGUGAGAAAGUUGUAGCAUGGAGAGCUACUCUUACACCGAAAGAAACCCAGCUACAACAAACACUUGCUACUGAACGAACUAGGAGUAAACGAGCUACAACGUCGCCAAACGAAGCUGAAGAACAGCGCGUGGUAGCUCGCAAAAGAAGUACCGCAAGACGAGCGCCUUACACAUCUGAUGAACUCCAACGUCUGCGCGCAUCUGUUCGUCAAAGAAAGUGCCUUCGAAAAAGUGAUAGGCACCAACAAGAAAGUAACGACUUUGAAUAGCCAAAAACUAUUGAUAUUGAACGUAAGAAAAACUGUCUAAAGAACUUUAUUCAACAUAUGUCAAUGAGUUCUCUGCAAGAAGAUGUUUGCAGUAUUUGUAACGUUCAUUGCUAUAAACGUGAUCUCCGCCGCAUACCGUUCAUUAAUAUACCGUCUACUGAAUUACUGAAAGUACCCGAUGAUUUUUAUGGCAUAAUUCCGGGAAUGCAGAAAACGUACCAAUUCCAGUCACAUGAUAAGCUUAACAUGAGUGGUGAUCUUGCCAAGGCGUUGAUUCAGAAAGAAAGAGCAGCAGGUUAGUCUCGCUAAUACGUAAACUAAUACAGUAAAUAAUUUUUUUAAUUAUAGAUACGCAUGCUCAAUCAACAAUGAAUAAACAGGCGUUUACUUAUGUAAACGGUAUCGUUUUUUAUGAAGCAGGAUUGCAUAAAACUGUUGAGAAAAAAAAACGAUAUUCGAUACACUGCGAUAUUUGUUCGGAGUGUUGGUCGUCUCUAAUAAAAGGGAAAGUACCGAA